AUGUUCCAAUACAUUCGACGCCUAGAUUGUACGAUGCUCUGCAAGGAGUAUUGCGAGGUGUACAUUGAUGGAGUUGAGGUGCCCUUCAAGUCACGGAAGGCUGUUGAGUGGAUGAGUGGCGUCUCCUUUUCCUUUUCCAACAUCGAGACCAUAGCAGUGCACAUAUUCACCGGCCCAAGAGAUCUAGGAGGACUGGCACUGGACUCGGACAGCAAGACAUUCAACACCGGCGACGUAAGCUGGAGGUGUCGGAUUGGUGAUAACAUGAGCGAGGAUUGGUUUAAGACGGCGUUUGAUGAUUCAGACUGGAGGCCGGCUAUAGUCAUAGGGAACGUGACGAUGUGUGGAUCCUACAAUCCCUUACAUUAUCCCAAAUGUCCUGACAAGCGUUAUGCUGCUGCUGAUGAAGUUGAUGAUGAUGAUGAAGUUGAUGAAGAUGAUGAAGUUGACGAAGAUGAUGAAGUUGAUGAAGAUGAUGUAAAUGAAGAAGUUGUUGAUGAUGAUGAAGUUGAGGAAGAUGAUGAAGUUGAUGAUGAUGAUGAAGAUGAUAAAGAUGAAAAAGUUGUUGAGGAUGAAGAAGUUGAUAAAGAUGAUGAUGAUGAAGAUGAUGAAAUGGAGAAAGGGAAGAAAAAACUUUGCAGAAGCCGCCGAGCCAAUGAAGGAAAAACCGAAAGUGGAAUUCUUUGGUAA